AAGGGAAGAAAGGAGAGGCACUCACUGACUACGGAAGGAAAAGGAGGAGGAGGAGGAGAGAAGCCACGUAGGAGUGGGUGACAGAAAAGACCAGAGAGGUCAGACCUAGGGCAACUCUAGGGCCAGGGGGGAGAUCGAGAGAGGGCAGGCUGAGCAUCCCAAGAAGUGCCCCAGCACAGGACCCAGGGGCGGGGAGCCAAGGGGGCGGGCCGGCGGCUAUGUCCCACGGGACCUACUACGAGUGUGAGCCUCGAGGUGGCCAGCAGCCGCUCGAGUUCUCGGGGGGCCGAGCCGGGCCCGGGGAGCUGGGGGACAUGUGUGAGCAUGAGGCCUCCAUCGACCUCUCCGCCUACAUCGAGUCCGGGGAAGAGCAGCUGCUUUCUGACCUCUUUGCCAUGAAGCCAGCGCCUGAAACCCGAAGCCUGAAGGGCCCGGGAACCCCUUCGUUCCCCCACUACCUGCCGGCUGACCCUCGGCCGUUUGCUUAUCCCUCACAUACAUUUGGCCCAGAUAGGAAGGCUCUGGGGCCUGGCAUUUACGGCAACCCGGGGAGCUACGAUCCCAGGGCUGUGGCCGUGAAGGAGGAGCCUCGUGGGCCGGAGGGCAGCCGGGGCACCAGCCGAGGCGGCUACAACCCGCUGCAGUACCAAGUGGCACACUGUGGGCAGACAGCGGUGCACCUUCCCCCGGCGCUGGCAGCACCUGGCCAGCCCCUCCGCGUCCUCAAGGCCCCUGUGGCUGCUGCCGCCCCUCCGUGCAGCCCCCUCCUCAAGGCCCCCUCCCCAGCUGGGCCCUCCCACAAGGGCAAGAAGGCCGUGAACAAAGACAGCCUCGAGUACCGGCUGCGCCGGGAACGCAACAACAUCGCAGUGCGCAAGAGCCGGGACAAGGCCAAGCGGCGCAUUAUGGAGACGCAGCAGAAAGUGCUGGAGUACAUGGCCGAAAACGAGCGUCUGCGCAGCCGCGUGGAGCAGCUCACCCAGGAGCUGGACACCCUUCGUAACCUCUUCCGCCAGAUCCCCGAGGCCGCCAGCCUUAUCAAGGGUGUGGGGGGCUGCAGCUGAGCCUGCCUGGCAGACUGUGGACACCAGACCCUGAGGACCCCCACCCUCCCAGGUCCCCAGAGUCCUGAACAGGCCAAGCCUGAAACAGCGAUCAUGGACGAUGGCAGCCCAGUAGCUGGGAAGGUCGGGACCAUAAUGAUUCUGUGGCUGAAUAAACGGCGCUGUGACUUGA